UUUGAUUCGUUGCUGAAUUCCAGGACAGAAAGCAGUAACUGCCAAAUAUCCUGUGUUAAAUAAACACCUGUUGAAUGAAUACAUGAAAUGCAUGAAGAAAGAAAUAAAGUCACUAUCAAUAGAAAUGAGGAGGCAUGGAUAGAUACAAGACAUAUCAGAAGACAUUUAUUUUGUAGUAUUUCAUGAUUGAUUAAGGGGGGGAUGAAAAGGGAAUUGUCCUGGAAUUUUUUUUUUUUUUAACACUUCAGUGACUAAGUGUAUUUUGGACACAUCUGCUAAGAAAGUGAGGAUAGAAGACUAUUUGGGUUUGAAACUGUAUGAGGAUGAGUGUAAUUUCAGAACUUUUGAAUUUUAAAAUUGCAGGUCAGGAAUUAGUGAACCUUAUUACUUUUCUGACUUACCAGAGCUCUUUAAAGGUAAUACAACAAUUUGUCUCCCUCAUCUGAAGGUAUUUUUCUGUUGUCUUUGACUUUCCCUUUUUCAGGUCAUGAACCUCAGUUGUUCCUCUUGGCAGGAUUAUGGCAUUUCUAUCAAACACUUUGCAUUUGCCAAAUUCUCUGAGGUCACUGAAGACUGUUUCCUCCUGUUUACCCUCAUCUUACUCAUGUUCUUAGCAUCAGUGAUAGGAAAUGCUCUCAUAGUCCUCACCAUUUGGACCAACCCAGUCCUCCACACUCCCAUGUACUUCUUCCUGGCCAAUUUGUCCCUCUUGGAGAUUGGCUACACUUGCUCUGUCAUACCCAAGAUGCUGCAGAGUCUUGUGAGUGAGGCUCGAGGGAUCUCUCGGGAGGGCUGUGCCACACAGAUGUUUUUCUUUAUAUUAUUUGGUAUUAGUGAAUGCUGCCUUUUGGCAGCCAUGGCUUUUGAUCGCUAUAUGGCCAUAUGCUCACCACUCCACUAUGCAGCACGAAUGAGUCGUGGAGUGUGUGCCCAUUUGGCAAUGGUUUCUUGGGGGGUGGGAUGCAUGAUCAGUCUGGGCCAGACCAAUUAUAUUUUCUCCUUGAACUUCUGUGGUCCCUGUGAGAUAAACCACUUCUUCUGUGACCUCCCACCCAUCCUGGCACUUGCUUGUGGGGAUACAUCCCAUAAUGAGGCUGCAGUCUUUGUUGUGACCAUCCUUUGCAUUUCCAGCCCAUUUUUACUGAUCACUGCUUCCUAUGGCAGAAUUCUAGCUGCUGUACUGGUCAUGCCAUCACCUGAAGGCCGCCAUAAAGCUCUUUCUACCUGUUCUUCCCACCUCCUUAUAGUAACACUAUUCUAUGGCUCAGGAUCUGUCACCUACCUGAGGCCCAAAGCUAGCCAUUCACCAGGAGUGGACAAACUCCUAGCCCUUUUCUAUACAGUGGUGACAUCUAUGCUUAACCCCAUCAUCUAUAGUUUACGGAACAAGGAUGUCAAGGCAGCCCUCCGAAGAACUCUCAGCAAGAAAAAAGUUUUGACUCCUAGUCAGGUCUUUGUUGUAAAGAGGGCUCGCCGGAAGCGUCUGUCUAUUCCGCCAUCUUGGUUCCUCUCAAAGUCUUAA